AGUACAUAUAAUGAAAGAGAAAGAUCUCACCUAAAGCAGAAGGACUGGUCCUCCUUGUCUCCAUUCAUGUGAGCAUCAGACCCCAAGAACAUCUGAUAUUAUUACAUCCAGGAAUGAUUGCGUAGAAGAGUCAGAUACACUGAAGACAUAUCUGAAUUAAUUUCCCAGCUAAUACUGAAGUUUGAGGAAUAAAUGUGCAGGAGAUGGAGAAGGCGACUUCAGUUGGACUAUGUCAUGUAUGUGUCCUCCUGACUAUAUUCAUGGCUAUGUUCCCAUGCUCACAAGGAAACUGGAUGUGGCUUGGUGUCACAUCUUUUGGGGUCCCAGAGAAGUUAGGUUGCUCCAGCCUUCCCUUAAAUGUACGGCAAAAGGAUAUGUGUAAAAAGAAGCCAUAUUUGCUGUCCAGCAUUCGUGAGGGAGCCAGGCUGGGAAUUCAGGAGUGCAGAAACCAAUUCAAACAUGAAAGGUGGAACUGCUCGAUUUCACCAGCUAUGUACACGUCUAGCCCAUCAUUUUCACUCUCAUUCUUGUCAUCUUCAUUAGCAUCAGCUCAUUCAAUCUUUGGCUAUGAACUGAGCAGUGGGACCAAAGAAACAGCAUUCAUCUCUGCAGUGACAGCAGCAGGUCUUCUACACUCCAUAACCAGGUCCUGCAGUGCUGGUAAUAUGACCGAAUGUUCAUGUGAUACAAGCCUUCAAAAUGGUGGCUCAGCCAGUGAAGGUUGGCACUGGGGAGGCUGCUCAGAUAAUCUUCAGUACGGAAUGUGGUUCAGCAGGAAAUUCCUUGAUGCCCCUUACAGAAACAUAACUGGAAAAGAGUCAGAUAUUCUUAGUGCAAUGCACUUACAUAAUAAUGAAGCUGGGAGGCUGGCAGUGGCUAAGCUGAUGACAGUCGACUGUCGCUGUCAUGGAGUCUCUGGUUCCUGUGCUGUGAAAACAUGUUGGAAAUCUAUGUCUUCAUUUGAAAAGAUUGGGAGUUACAUAAAGGACAAAUAUGAAAACAGCAUCCAGAUAUCAGAUAAGAUGAAACGGAAGGUCCGCAGGAAAGAGAAGAAUCAUCGGAAAAUACCUAUCAGGAAAGAGGACCUAGUUUACACCAACAGAUCCCCUAAUUAUUGUGUAGAAGAUCAAAAACUUGGAAUAUCUGGGACCCAUGGUCGAGAAUGCAACCGUACCUCUGAGGGACCAGAUGGCUGUAAUCUACUGUGCUGCGGGAGGGGGUAUAACACACAUGUAGUCAGACAUGUGGAUAGAUGUGAGUGCAAAUUUGUGUGGUGCUGCUAUGUACGCUGCAGGCGCUGUGAAAGUAUGACGGAUGUUCAUACUUGUAAGUGAGGAGUAAAAUGAAAAAAUAUAAUGACCUAAUAUAGUUAGAAUAAAUUAAUUAUUAUCUGUAUGGUCAUCUAUGCCAAACAAAUGAUACUGGUUCUAGGUUGGUUUGAUAAGGAGUGGGUUGCGAGAUAUGUAUGACACCAUUAACUAGGAGAUCUGAAGAUGGCUAACGACCAAUU